CAUGUUGCAUGCAGCUUUGAUUGACAAAAACCAGGAUACAAUCCACUUACAACACAUAGAUUCUGCCUACUCGGGCUAUAACGAGAAUGGCCCCUUUCCCGGUUUCCAAGAUAACAAGCAUCAUAGACAUUAGUGAGGGCACAUACCACGAUAUCUGAUGUCUCACAAUUCCCGGGUGAGCGCUUGCGGAAAAGCUUGCCGAUGCAACAACAAUCGGAAUCUUAUAAUGGACUCGACAUCCUCCUCUUCUGCUACAGAUUAAUCUGUUCAUGUAAAUCCACAUGGCUUCCACGUAAUUGUUCCGUUCAACUUUGAAUUUAACCCCCUAAUUCCUUGGCUUCUAUGAAGCCGUCCGAUCGUUAAUGAUUUUGUAAUGGGUUUCUUCAACUCCUGUUGUAGCUUAAUCGGACAACUUUCGUUGACCGCUCAGAAUGGAGUGUCGCUUUGGGGCACGCUUAUGGUCCCAACCCUUCCGUUAUGGAUCGAAGGAUCGGGUAGCAUCCCAUGGGGCGACAGGUCGGCCGGGUCAAGCAAUCCUUAUACCGACGCGCCACACACCGGAAUAACGCGCAGAUAUGAGUUUAAUAUCAGUCGAGGAGUAAUCGCGCCGGAUGGGUACAAGAAGCCCGUACUACUCGUCAACGAUCAAUUCCCAGGGCCGUUAAUCGAAGCCAAUUGGGGCGACGAAAUCGAGGUCGAGGUCACUAAUUCCAUCGGGGACGAAAGACCUGAAGGUACUGCGAUUCAUUGGCAUGGCUUCCUUCAGACUGGAACACCUUGGAUGGACGGCGUGCCUGGCGUUUCCCAAUGCCCUAUCGCGCCCGGAAAGAGCUUCACGUACAAGUUUCGAGCAGAGUUGUAUGGCUCGUCGUGGUAUCAUUCUCAUUACUCGGCGCAAUACGCGGGCGGUCUAUAUGGUCCUAUCGUCAUAUAUGGCCCCAGGAAUGUGGGAUACGAUAUCGAUCUCGGACCAGUUAUGAUCAACGAUUGGUGGCAUGAAGACUACUUUGCCGUCGUCGAACAAGUCAUGUCGCCUAAUUUUAACGGCCAAACUACUUCAGAUACUAAUUUGAUUAACGGAAAAAUGAACUUUGACUGCUCGACUGUCGAUGCUGACGAUACGACUCCCUGUACUGAUGAUGCUGGUCUAUCCAAGUUUGUGUUUACGCCAUCCAUGAACCACCGUCUCCGCUUCAUUAAUGCCGGCGCGGAAGGCACCCAACGGAUUACUAUUGACGGACAUAAUAUGACGGUUAUAGCAAAUGACUUCGUCUCUGUCGAACCUUACGAGACGCAAAUGGUCGUCCUUGGCGUGGGUCAACGAGUCGAUGUCGUUGUCCAUGCCCAUGCCGAACCGGGUUCUGCAUUUUGGCUGCGCUCAAACAUCACGUCUUGUAAUAAGAGUAAACAGCCGUUGGCCCUUGCUGCAAUUUAUUAUGAGGGUGCCGAUAACAAUACUAUGCCGACUAGCACACCUUGGCCUAUUGCGAGCCCAGACAAUUGCGAGACCGACGACACAGACCUUGCAGAACCCCUCUACCCCAUGAAAUUGCCCGAGCCAUCAUGGACACAGCACAUGGACAUCAGCGCCUAUCGCAAUUCAAGCGGCAAUUUUCUCUGGGAGUUCGGUGGAGUCGCCGCGAGGGUAGACUACAACGAUCCAGUUCUAUUACGAGCCGCCGACACGGGCUUCGAGUUCGAUCCUGAGUAUAAUAUAAUCAACUACGGCACCAACACAUCUAUACGUCUUAUAAUAAAUAACCCCACGCCGGCUGCCCAUCCAAUGCACGCUCACGGCCUUAACAUGUACAUCCUAGCCGCCGGGACAGGCAAUUACACCGAGACGUCGCCACUUAAUACACGAAGCCCGACGCGUCGUGAUGUUCAAAUGGUCGGUGCGAACGGUUAUAUCGUCGUACAACUCGACGCGACGCAAAACCCAGGGGCUUGGCCCUUCCAUUGCCACACCGCAUGGCAUUCGUCCGCCGGUUUCUUUUCACAGCUGCUCUUCCAACCCGACAAACUAGCCACGCUGAAUUACCAUAUACCGCAUGACGCUCGGCAGACUUGCCACGAUUGGAAUGAUUUCACGAAGAAGGCCGUGCCGAAUCAGAUUGACAGUGGGUUAUGAAUGAGGGCUGGGAUGAUGGGGUAAAGAGCUGGAAUCACUGACAACCCUGGAAUUUUCUUAACUUGUCAUUGCAUCACUGAAGAAAGUCUGUUUGGAAUAAUGAAUAUUAUACGCUUAUAUAUGGUU